AGUGCACAGGAUUGGCAGGAGCGAUGGCCAUACACAAGUCUCCAAAACAGUAACGAGGGAAACAGGCUUUUGGAAACAAUCAGCCCCCCCGCCAGCUCCGAGCGAGCAUUCGUUACUGAUGGGAGUAGUGAACGCUACAGUAACCCACGGCAGAUACGAUUCUGUGGAUAUUUGCCACAGUCGGUUCUUAAAUCUACACGCAUGAGGCUUGACGCGUUAGAUCCACAGAAUGCCAGUUGAUCUACAGAUGUGGGUGGAGUGGUCGGUGUGUGUAUUUGUCUGAUUAAAGCAUUAGAGUUGAGUAACUUUUGAGAAUGCGCUUCUGUUUACGUUAAGCUGAGGAAUGGGCGCACUUAUGAAGUGAAUAUCAAUGGAGAAUGUUUACGGUCCUUGUUGGCGUCGAGGUAUGGAUGCAUUCCUGCUCUACCUUCUUCUGCUAAUGGGAAUUGCGAAGGGAUCAAAUUAUGGCUACGUGGAAUGGUCUGAGAGCGACAAAGAUCCUGAAAUCAAGGCUAAAUAUCCAAUUUACAGCACCGGGGAGACGAUGCACCAGCAGCCGACCAUCUCCAGCACCGAGCGAACGGAGGUGGCGCAUAAGCUCGAGGAAGAUCUGCCGCGGGUGGUCACCGCUUUCCUGCACACGGGGGACUCAUCCACUUUGGAGCAUGUCAGCUGUUCACGGCGGUACGAGCUGAGCAGUCUCCGCGGUGGAGUUCACGCCGCCUCGCACUCCUCCCUCCACGGCGUCCUCGACACCAUGGCGCACGCUACCAACUUCUUAAACAUGCUCCUGCAGUCCAACACCUCCAGGGAGCAGCAUCUAAAGAGGGAUAUCCAGUGGUACCACGCGCUGGUGACGAGUAUGUUGGAAGGGAAUCCUAGAAUCCACCGAGCGGUAGUCACAUUUCACACGGAGUCUCCCGAGGCGCCUGGUCCGCAGGUGUUUCUUCAGGCGACCAGAGGCGAGGAGCGCAUAGUGCUUCAAGAUUUGUCCACCACCGCACGCCAUCGCCUUAAAAACAGGACGUCUGAGUCCGACUGGUACAACGAGUUUCGGGACCGAAAGAGACCACAGCGGCUGACCAAAAGUCGAGGUUUUCCAGCAGCCCAGGGCGGAUAUUUUCUGGACAGAAGUCAUGUCAAGUGGUCUGCGCCCUAUCUAGAGUGCAAGCACGGCAGUUUUGUGCCGCACUGGCUUUUGACUCUCUCCGCAGGUUUCUAUGGCUUGAAGAAUAACACGGCGCCAGAGUUUAGAGGAGUUGUACGUGUAGAUGUUAAUCUACAGGAUGUGGACAUUGACCAGUGCUCCAGCAGUGGCUGGUUUGCAGGAACUCACCGCUGUAACUUGACGACUAUGGAGUGUGAACCGAUUGUGGGCCAUGGAUUUGUGCUGGACAAGUACAAGUGCCAAUGCAAGAGAGGUUUCUACCACCCAAGCCGAGUGGCGCACAAUGGCUUCUCAAGUAAGUACAAACCAGAAUCAGACCAGGGAACAUACUCUGAUGAAUCCUGGGAAUUGUCCGGAAGGUGUUUGCCCUGCCAAGAAGGCUGUCAGUUCUGCAGGGAUGACACACCGUGUCUGGCUCAGGAGGACACUGCCCUCCGCCUUGCCAUGGUCUCCUUUCAAGGGUUCUGUAUGCUCCUUGACUUCAUCAGCAUGGUGGUUGUCUACCACUUUCGUCGCAACAAGAGAAUCAAAGCAUCUGGUCUUAUACUUAUUGAAGCGAUACUUUCAGGAUCUGUACUUCUCUACUUCCCUGUUAUGAUACAGUAUUUUAAUCCAAGUGUUUUCCGGUGUAUUCUCCUGAGAUGGGUCCGUUUGCUCGGCUUUGCCAUCGUUUAUGGAACAGUGAUUCUCAAACUGUACAGGGUUUUAAAAGUGUUCCUGUCACGCACUGCCCAGCGGAUCCCGUACAUGACCAGCUGGAGGGUUCUGCGUCUGCUCGCUGUGAUUUUGUUGGUGGUUGUGUGGUUCCUAGUGGCCUGGACCUCAGCCGUAUGCCAGAACCAUGACACGCAUCACGCCCUCAUUGACAUCGGUGUCACCCCAGAGGGCCUGCAGUUCAGCAUGUGCCUACUGGACAGCUGGGACUACAUGAUGGCUGCUGCGGAGUUCCUCUUCCUGCUGUGGGGCGUCUAUUUGUGCUAUGCUGUAAGGACCGUGCCCUCCGCUUUCCACGAGCCUCGCUACUUGGCAGUCGCCAUUUAUAAUGAACUUCUCAUCUCUGCAAUAUUUCACAUCAUUAGGUUCUCUCUUGGCACUGGUCUGCAUCCAGACUGGAUGAUGAUGUUAUUUUUCAUCCAUACACACCUGACAGUGACAGUUACUCUGGGAUUACUUCUCAUUCCAAAGUUCUUGUUCACUGGAACUCAUACACGGGAGGAUAUAGCCACAGAGGCUUAUGAAGAAGAGCUGGAUAUGGGUCACUCAGGCUCCUGCCUGAAUAGCAGCAUAACAUCAGCCUGGAGUGAGCACAGUCUGGACCCUGAAGACAUUAGGGAGGAGCUCAAGAAACUUUAUUCCCAACUGGAGAUCUAUAAAAGAAAAAAGAUGCUGGCUAAUAACCCUCACUUACAGAAAAAACGCAGUUCCAAGAGGGGACUUGGACGGACACUUAUGCGGCGCAUCACAGAAAUACCCGAGACGGUGAGUCGCCAAUACAGCCGGGAAGAUCGAGAUGGAAGUGACCAUGGGAGUAACAGAAGCACCCUGAGGAGAAACCCCUUUGACCCGUCUCACUCUGGGAAGUCAAGGGAAGAAUCACUGAAGAGCAAGAUGUUCUCACUGAAGAGAUCUCAUAGCUAUGACCAUACACAUGACCAAGGUGGGGAAACCAAUGGGGUGCCUGAAGAUAAAAUGGAGAACUCUACAACUGAGGCUUCUCUGCUUGACACCUUGAUGGGCCGGAGGGCCAACAAGAAGAACCCUGAGGUGCCAAAGGUCGAGUUAGCUGAAUCUACUGAGUCAGUGCCCUUAGUGUGCAAGUCUGCUAGUGCACACAAUUUAGCAGCAGAAAAAAAGCCUGCACAUCUUCGGACCUCAAUGUUACAGAAGUCACUGUCUGUCAUUGCUAGCGCCAGAGAAAGGACGCUGGGCAUUGCGGGGAAGACCCACAGUGUGGAAGAUGCCAGUAAAAAGGGUCUCAAAGCAAGGGACAGCACAACGCUUUCGGAAGUUGAUGAAGCCCCUGAGUGUUUACCAAAAAUGAUCAUCAGCCAGUCGGUUGAGUACACCAAAACGCCUAGUAAGAUGGGCAUCAUGAAGCAGCAGGUGAGCGGCAGUCAGCCCUCCAUUUGUUCUGAACCAGGGAAGAGCAAGGACCUGUACGACCUCUCUGAGGUGUGCCCUUGGGAAGUGGAGGAGUUACCCACUCCAUCAGAGGGGAAGGCCCAAAAACAUGUUUCCAUUGCCCCCACUGAAACCAACACGAUCCAUGGGAGCAACACAAAAACUGGACACAAGUCUCAACACAAACAAAAAGGUUUGGGCCAAUCUCCUUCAAAUCGCCGUCGCUCCAGAGAUAAGACUGGGGACAGGGAUGAAGUGAGGAAACCCAAAUCACCUCUUAACCUCACUGCCCAUGAAGACGCUAGUCCGUGGAACUUAGAGGAUCCAUCGGUCCAACCAAUGGAGCCUGCAGGACUGUCCCCUGAGAGAACAAGACGCAAGAAAAGUGUCACACCCACAGAUGGAAAGCCCAAGAUAGUCCUCUCCGAUAUCUCAAAGUCCACAGGAAGCCUUUUGCAGCCUCCAGCUCUCAUGGUAGAUAUCUGCCCUUGGGAUUAUGAUCCCCCUCUGUCUCCCAACAAGGACAAGACUUCCAGCCCCUCACACCAUUCAAAGAGAAGAGAUUCUUGCUCAAAAAGAAAAGGAUCCUGCUCUUCCAAAGAGAAAGCUAAGGAUAAAGAGGAUGAUAAACGAAUGUCCAAGAGCAAGGAGCGGAGAAGCUCCUCAAGCAAACCCUCUGAGAGACGACGCACAAGCCAAUCAUCAGAGGGAGACCAAGUUGCUACAGUGGCAUCUGGUAGGAGAAGGAGCUCUACUAGAGACACCGCCAUCAGCAGCAGUAAACGUGCUGACGUUUGUCCCUGGGAGACAGAGGCAUUGCCAAGUGUUACCUCAAAUGAUAAACACCCUCCAACAACUGAGAACCACACAACACGAACACCAUCCACUUACCUCAACAUGGCUGAAGUUUGUCCAUGGGACUUUGAUGAGAAGUUGUCAGGGAAUAGUGCAUGACACAGUACUUACAAAAUUAGACCACUCCAGUGGGAUUUCUGAGAUGACAGGUUCCAUAUUUGAAAGGACUGUUCACACCAAGAAAGUUAACUGUAAUAAUAAUUGGCUUCCACACCAACACCAGACGAUAACACUCUGUAUAUUAUAAGCGAGCGCUGCAAUUGUGUCAUCUGCUGCUUUAAAUACUCAAGCUCCUUAAAGUCGGGUGGAUUCUGACAGUGUUUUUAUCAUUCAUCAACUGGAAAAAAAUCGUUUGUGAUUCCAAUGUUAUCAUUCCUCUGUUGUUAAUGUUAUAGCUGUGGUGUGGACUUUGCUAUUCUUAUAGAAUUUGAACAAUUAUUAAAACUUUAUAGUUAUCGUUAUAGUUAUCGUCCUUGGUGUGCACGGGCCUUUAGCCUCAUGUUCCCACUUAUUUACUUAAAAUACGUUUUCAAUACAUUUGCAUAUAGACCAAGUAAAACACUUUCUCAGAAGUUUUCACUGCUUGUUAAUGUAAAAUGUCAAAUUCAUCCACAAAAACAAUUAAUUUGCAAAUGGUUUUCAGUUGAACUAUUGUGCCUUGCAAAAGUGUUCAAACCCCUUUCAUUUUCAGUUUCAAGAUUGAUAGUUUAUGUAUUAUAUUAAUUUUUAUGCAACAUUUGUUUCAUUCUAUUUUAGCAUUUCCAGGAAAAAAAAAAAUCUAAAAGACUUUUAAAAAAAUGGGUAACACUUCAACAGUUCAUUAGUUAACAUGAACUAAGAAUGAACAAUACUUCCACAGCAUUUAUUAAUCUUUUUUAAUGUUAAUUUCAACAUUUACUAAUACAUUAUUAAAAUCAAAAGUUGUAUUUGUAUUUUGUAGUUGUAACAUUAAUGCAGUGUAUUUUAAUGAACUAAUGUUAACAAAGUUUGAUAAAUACUGUAACAAAUAUAUUGCUCAUUGUUAGUUAAUGUUAGUUAAUACAUUUAACUAAUGUUAAAAAAUGAGACCUUGUCAAGUGUUACCAAAAAAGAACAUGUCUUUUUCAUAAUACAGUGGAUGUAUACAAUGGAUACACUAUUUGUUCAGUUAUCAGGAAAUGGAAAUUACACUUCCAGAAUACUGAGACACUGUGUUGAAAAGUUCAGCCCCUAAAUAAGAAAACCAUCAAUCUCUUUGAAGGAUGUUUUUUUUUAGUAAGGACUGAAGCUUCAUGUGAAAGCAAACUGAAUACUGAAUAGUUAUAUAUAAUAUAUAAUAUGAAUAUUAUUGAAAAACUAUUCCAUGUUUCUCUCGAUUCUUUCUAAUAGUAAUAAUAAUACACUGCAGGAGUUUUGUUAAUCAGUAAAUGACAGAAUUCGUUGUUAGGGUUUGAAUACCUUCACAAGGCACAGUCGGAGAGAGUGGGGUAAGAUGAGACACCUCUUGUAUCUAGGAAACUGCACAAUUUUUAUGGAGUGUAUUUUAAGAUGUUCGUGAUGGAAUUUAGCACACAAUCAUAACCCUGGCUGUCACACUUUUUACUCCAGUAAAUCAUUCUCAGGGCAGGCGUAGUAUUCAUAAUCUGGCUGGGGAAUUGCUUUGAGGCAAGUUGAGCUUGUAAGAGAUCAUAUUUUAUGCUCUUAUGAUAGCAAUUAAUAGGAGAUGUCCUGGCAUAUGACAACUGGCUCAUUUUACCCCAUUCUUGUCUAUGUUUUAAAAUUAAUUGUAAAUUAAUAAAAUACACAAAAACAUUUCUUUACAACUUAUAUGAAUAACAAAAUUCACCUAGUGCCCACUUGAAGUGAGUGAUGGAUACUUAUGAGAUCUGUCUUUUAAAAAUGGCCUACAAUCUUUUAUUUCAUCAGAUAUACCCAAUGAAUUGUAAAGACCAAACAACUGUACACCAGCAGUUUGUGAUUUCAAUCAGUUGUUUCAUCAUUCUCUGUAAAGCAUUUUCAUUAGUAAACUGCAUGAAUGCAAGUAAAUCCAACCUACUUUUCAAAUCUAUGUUGAAUAUUAACAGAGACUUACAGUUCAAAGCAUUUGUUUGAUCAUUGCAUGGGCACAGUUUGCACUGUUGUUGGUACAGUAUUGUUUUUCCAUUUUACAGAAUCCUUUUUAAUUCUGUUCUGUUGUGAUUUGUAUCAGUUUCAACCAUUAAAUCACGUCACCCUAUUGGUGAUUGUUGCAUCAGUGUAUACAAAGUCACAUUGGCUCUUGCAUGACAGUAAGUAGGUCUGUCUUUCUACUGCACAUGAAAUUCCUAAUCAGCAGGAGUGUUAUGAGUCUAUUGAAUAUCUCAAUGCAAGUAUACAUUCCUAACUUCAGUAUUAUGCAGUUGUUAUGCUCAAUAGCGAUCCACCCUGGAACAUUUCUACUGUAAAUAUAUAUUGUGUGCUUCUUUGUGAUAGCAUGUACAUACAAUACUUCCUGCAAUAAACAUAUCGUGUUCUGAU